GGAUGCCGCACAGAGCGUCUAGUCCUCGACGAAAAGCCGAAGAAAGGUCUCAUCGGAUAAACUGGAACCCGCACAAAAAUGCUUGUGAUCGAGCCCGUCACCGACCUCCGGUUCUCCGCCUGCAGCUUUGACGCCGCCGUCUCCCGCCGGAUUUCUCGCUUCGGCAGCGUCUUCAUACCUUGGAAUAAAUUCCAGAGACUAGCUCAGGGUUCUUACAUGGGAAGGAACAAUUUUGUCAAGAACAGAGUUAGAGCUUCUGCUGAGGGGCCGUCAGGGGCGAGUUGGAGUCCUACAAAGCAGAAUGUGAAGCCUUUGCAUUAUCAUCCAUUUGAGGACAUUGCAGAAUCUGAUUCAAUGCAGAGCGGAGAAGCCAGGCUUACACCAGCUGAAACUACUAGGACCAUUAUUGAGGUAAACAGCAAAGCAACAGUAAUGUUUUCAGGUUUUUUUAAUGAUGAAGUUGAUGAGAAUAUUUACUGGCCUGAUUUGCCGUAUGUGACUGAUGAAUGUGGCAAUAUUUAUUUUCAGGUUAAAAAUGAAGAAGACAUUCUGCAAUCUCUAACUGCUGAUGAUAACCUUGUGCAAGUCAUUAUAGGCCUGGAUACUGCAGAAACUCCUAGUGAGAUCGAAUUCUCGGGUUUAUCAGAAAUUGAUUUUGGUAUAGACGAACUUGAUGCUGAAGAUAGUGAUGUUAAUGAUGAAGAUGAUGAUGGCACUGAAGGGGGUGAGAGUGAUGAUUAUGAUAAGGGUUGGAUCUCCAUUCUUGAAGGCAAGGAAGAUCAGGGGGUUUCUGAUGAAUCACUUGGAGACUGGACAAAAUUGGAGACCAUGCAUUCUUCUCAUCCAUUGUAUUUUGCGAAAAAGUUGGCAGAGGUUGUUGCAGAUGAUCCGGUAGAUUUUAUGGAUCAGCCUCCUGUGGGCCUUGUAAUUCAAGGCCUUCUAAGACCAGCCUUAGUUGAAGAACUUUCUGCCAUAAAGAAGCAUUUAUCCAAAUCUACCUAUGAAUCUCAUGGUGCCAGCUUAAAUGAGGUUGAUAAAAAUUUAGAAGACACAGUAAGUGACCUCAGCAUCAUUAAUGGACACAGACAUGGGCCAGAGUCAUCUCAAGGCAACUUGACUUGGGCAGAAGAAUUGGAGUGUGAAAGUCUUGGAAAUAGGACUUCAUUAUACAAGCUAGAGAUGAUUAAAAUCCAGUUGGUUUCAGCACAUGGACAUCAGACAAUUGUUGAAGAAGAUUUUACAAAAGCUAAACCUGAUUCCAUUGCACAUUCAGCUGCCAAGAUUGUAUCUCGUCUUAAAGCCGGUGGAGAAAAGACCACACAAGCCCUCAAAUCACUCUGUUGGAGAUGCAAGGGUAUUCAAGCAGAGGAAGCAGCACUAAUUGGUAUAGACACCCUUGGUUUUGACUUGAGAAUUUGCUCGGGGACACAAGUACAAACAUUGAGGUUUACAUUUAAUGCAAGGGCAACUUCAGAGUAUAGCGCCGAGCGACAACUGGAUGAUCUACUGUUCCCCGAGACCCAUCAGAAGCUGCAAAAGAGGAUGGAGGCUCACAAAACUGUGUUGUGACUGAUGUCUCAACAUCUGAUUUUCAGUUCAACUGGAAUCGAAUGGCUUGUUGUACCCUCACUGGCUGAGAAGAAUACACGAGGUAGAAUCACACCCCCUCUGCCCCAGCUGAUGCAUUUGUCUAAGCUCUGAAAAUCUCCUCUUUUUUUUUUUUUUUUUGUUUAAUCCUGAAUUUGCAGCCCAAUUUCUUGAUUUUAUCAGCUUGAUGUAUGUUUUGGAUUUGGAAGGUGAGGUGCUUCAUCUGAAAGUAAUCACUGACACUUCUUGAAUUUUGUUGAG